ACAACCCACUACCCCCGACCACCGUCCUGUGUCUCAGGACGCUCUGGUAAUACGAGAGGCAGGAGUUAUAAGCUUCACUACAGAGGUGUGUUGGUGCCGCCGUCAUUGAUUAAGCAGGUCGGAGGUUUUCGCUGCAGUGCAGCCUUGUCACUGUCAUCGUCACACGUCACCGCGGUAGAGGUCUCACGGUGUGGUUCCCGACGUGGAGUUGACACAAUUUUUGUCAACACAGGCGUAGGAAUUAGCCCGGAUCUACCUAAAUGGAUACGGGAAACUUGGAUUGUUAAUUGGGUCACUACUGGAUCCAGAGAGUCUUGCCGUCUGGUACUUCUAAACGAUGAGCCCGACAACGAAGACCAUGUUGUGCACUUUGAAGCCUCUUUCUGCCUGAGAUCCCCCUGUUGUGCCCCAUGUUGUGUGUUGUGCUUGACUGGCUAUCCCGACAGUGAUGGAAAGCUCCAUGCAUGGGACUACAAGGUUACAGUGCAAUGGAUUAUGAAAUACCUUUACCAUACCAACAUCUCUUUAAUGCUUGUGGAGGAUACAUUUGUCAAACGAAAAGGCAGAGUCCCUGAGGAACAGUGAGUGACCUGCAAAGAUUUCUCUGCAAGAAAUAAGAACAUGGUUUAACGCUGAAAACUGCGUUGUUUGUAGAUAGAUGAACAAUUGAUAUAUUGGGAUAUAUCUGGAAUCCAUACAAAGUCCAAGAUGAAUGCUACAAUUGAUCUUGACGUUUAUACGUGUUCUAAAGUAGGCUUGAUGCUACCCAUGAUCAGUGAAUAUACCUGGUCUAUUGGAGCUAGGGCAUUUCUGUACUUUUUGGCUAUGAUCUGGUGUUUUUUGGGCGUCGCCAUCAUCUCCGACACGUUCAUGUGUGGCAUUGAGCGCAUCACCAGCAAGACAAGGGUCAUCAAGAUCCCCGACUCGGAAGACAAGGACAAGUUCAAGGACAUAGAGGUCAAGGUCUGGAAUGAUACUGUGGCCAAUCUCAGCUUACUAGCUUUCGGGACCAGUGCACCAGAGAUCCUUCUGUCAGUUAUAGAAAUAACAGGAAAAGGUUUUAAAUCCGGUGAACUGGGUCCGGGAACGAUUGUGGGUUCCGCAGCAUUCAAUCUGUUGGUCAUCACUGCUGUGUGCAUCGUUUCGAUUCCUAAAGGGGAGGUGAGAAGGAUUAAGAACAUCAAAGUGUUCGCCAUCACUUCGUUCUCAUCCAUGUUUGCCUACAUCUGGCUACUUAUCGUGCUGUUGCUGAGUUCGCCGGAAGUAGUGGACCUAUGGGAGGCUGUCGUCACCUUCCUCUUCUUCCCUGCGCUCAUUAUCAUCGCCUACGUUACGGAUAAAGGAUGCUGUUGCAAGAGCAACAGGACAGCCUCCGAGGUUGAGAUCGGGCUAGCUGCUUACCCUCGGAUGUAUGAUCUGAGCGGACAGCAGCAAGAUGGAACGGCGGACAUCAUUGAAGUCGCCAGGGAGUGCGGACGAGGUGACAGGAAGAUGUCGCUGGAUGCGGCUGCUCAGAUCGCAGCAGCAAGGAUUGCUGAACGCCAGACUCACAAUUCGGCGUGGUACAGAGUGAACGCCACCCGAGUCAUCACCGGCGGUCACAAACUUACACCCCCAGUCAACAAGGCCAUCAAAGAUUUAUACGAAAACGUUGUUUACGAGAACGGAAACGCCGGGAUCCGGAAAAGCAGCCUUGAUAUUUCUGAGUCUGGGAAAAAGGCCGUGAUUGAGUUCACGGCCGCGAGCUGUGCCGUCCUUGAGAACGAAGGUCAUGUCAGGCUCGGCGUGAGGCGGUCUGGAGACGUGGAGAGCUCCAUCACAGUCGGCGUGGAGACAAUAGACGGGUCGGCGGAGGCGGGAAGCGACUACAAGCCAAUCAAACAGAAACUGACCUUUGGGCCCAAGGAGUGUCUCAAGGACGUGUAUGUGGAGAUUGUGGAUGACGAUGUCUGGGAACCGGACGAGUUCUUCUUUGUCAAGCUUUUCCUUGAACCCGAGCAGGUCAAAGGUGACGAGGUCAUCUUGGGGAAGGUCUCCAUCAACCAGGUCACCAUCGUCAACGAUGACGAGCCUGGGAAGUUUGAGUUUUCUAAGCCGAGUUACAUUGUGAAGGAGGGAUGCGGCCAAGCCCAGGUGGUGGUGAAGAGGGUAAACGGCGCUGAUGGCGAAGUGGCUGUGACGUGGAAGACCAAGGACCUUAGUGCCAAGAGCGGCCUGGAAUAUCAGGGCGGCGAGGACAAGAUCCGCUUCAAGCAUGGCGAAACCAGCAAGGUCGUCACACUCGACAUAUUCGGAAUAAAGAACUCCCAUGAACCUAACUUCCAGGUUGAUUUGUCCUCCCCGACAGGGGGCGCUGAAGUCGGGAAGAUAUCCCGGGCUAUUGUCACCAUCAUCAACGACGAAGAGUUCAGCGCCAUGGUGUCUCGCAUCCAGGAGAAGACUGAGCAUAACCUACAGGGGUUAAAGAUCGACACCGCCACGUGGGGAGACCAGUUCCAUGACGCCAUGAACGUCAAUGGCGGCGACGUCGAAAACGCCAGCGCGUUGUCCUAUAUCAUGCACUUCACCACAUUCUUUUGGAAGGUUCUAUUUGCUUUCGUGCCUCCUCCAUCUAUCGGCGGAGGCUGGUUAACCUUUCUUGUGUCCUUGGCGAUGAUUGGCUUACUGACAGCUCUCAUAAGCGACCUUGCAUCUAUAUUCGGAUGUCUGAUUGGUCUGUCCCCAACCAUCACCGCCAUUACGUUCGUAGCACUGGGCACAAGCAUGCCCGACACAUUCGCUAGUCGCCAGGCAGCAAUGAUGGAGAGAUUCGCAGACAGUUCCAUCGGCAACAUCAACGGCAGUAACUCCGUCAACGUGUUUCUGGGACUGGGUUUCCCGUGGCUCAUCGCAACAAUCUACUGGCAGAUUAAGGGAGUACAAUUCAAAGUCGCAAAAGGAUCCCUCGUGUUCUCGGUCAUCCUCUACACCAUCUCAUCUGUCGUCGCCAUCGCUGUGCUUCUCCUACGGCGAAACCUCCCCGCCAUGGGCAAGGCUGAACUUGGUGGCCCCAAGGCGGGCAAGAUAGGCAGUGCCAUAUUCGUGUUCCUCAUGUGGGUGUUAUACAUCGUGCUGUCAUCCCUUCAGGCACAGAACAUCAUUAACGUCAUCUGAACAACGUCAAAGUAGAACCGGGAAGUCAUAACAUAUCAAUAUAGCCAGUUCAUUAAGAUUCACGUGUUAAGCUAGCUUCAACGGGGGGCACUUUCCUAUCUUUCGUAUAUGUGCCUCGUUUCUCAAAGCUAUAUUUUCAGAAAGUUCUAAAUUGUAAUGUAACCCUACUUAACAUGUAUUCCCUGGAGUUAUUUCCCUUUACGGGUAUGCGUGGCUGACAUAACUAGUGCACCCAGUCACACAAAUCCCCUUAUUGGAUAUCACUUCUGUUUUAUAUUCGGGGAUGAUCUAGUAUUUUGGGUAUCAUUGUACAUUCUUCUUAUUCUGAUAUCGGCGCGUGAUCAUCACGUGUCAACACACGGGCGUUUCAUGUCGACAGUCAUGUGUCGUGUGGACAUUUAGAGGUGUCGUGUCGACAUUCAUAGGUGUCGUCGCUUAGACAUUCAAAGAUACUUGUCGACAUUCAGAUAUGUUGACAUUUGUACACGAGUGGGUUGUUUGUCCUCGACAAGUAAAUGUAUAAGAUCUUCAUUCUAUUUUCCUAAAAAAAUCCUGGACCGAUUCGAAACACGCGAGGCUAUAAAUAGCCGUCCAAUCAAUUUACUCACACGAGCGAGAGAAAAUGAUAGGAGAUGUGGAGACGUAGACGUCACUUCCUAAACGAAUACCCUGGAUUAUCGAGGAUGUGGUUAGUCUAGUGAGACAAUUUCCUCGUCUUUAUCCGGUAUUAAGUGUCUACAUUGUUUUGCCCUGACAUUACAAACUGUUAUUGCGUGUUUAAGAAUCAAGAUUAUUUUCUAAAUCAACAUACGCCUUAUUGGUGUUUUACAAUAAUGUUUUGGAAAUUAUUACCAUUAAUUAUGCAGGCAAGAAACAGUUUGUAGCACUGUAUCCGUCUGUGAUGUCUUGGAAAUUAUACAGAUCGAAAACUUAGUGCCAUAUUAAUGCGUCUUGUCAGCCUAUUAUAAUAUACUACUCAAUUUUUGAUAUGGAUAAUUAGAUAAUGCCAUAUGAUUCUAUUUAAAUAAACACUUGACGAAUGAGAAUCAGUUUUGUAUAUCAUUGAAAAAUAAAAUCAUCCCUGUCAAAAGUUGAGUUGUAUAAUAGCGAAAACGAUUUUUUUGUAACGUGUAAUGACACUCUUUUUAAAUCCUUGUGUGUACGCUUAUGUUAUUUAAGCCCCGAUGCUUAUUGUGUGUAAACUCCACAGCUGGGCGUGGCAGGGGUCGUAUCCGUAUUUACAUUACAAACUGCUGAUUGUUGAGCCAGUACGAGUUAUCUCCCAUUUGAGAAAUCUCCUGGGUGUUAAAUAAUCUGUGAUAGCUUAUGAUCUCUUCCAAUAUAGUUGUUUAGUGAACGCAAUAUAAUGUUGAUGAAAUAUGGAGGCGUAAAUUCACAUUUGUAUAUAAAGUGGAUUCACAUACAGUGUAUGAAAUAGUUAUGGAUUUUUAUGACACAUUUGCAAUUGUAUUUCAUUAUUCAGUAUUUGAUAAAUAUUUUUGCACCAAUACUUAUGUAUAUUUAACAAGUCCGACUGUGCUUAUAGAGCCAUAUAUCGUUUAUGCUUCAAUAAAAAAAAUAUUGAUGGUUGGUGAUAUAAAUAUUGACGGGUUGUACAGUACUGUUCAAACCAAACAUCCCCUCUUUCGCGAACAGGGCACGAAUGGGAGUCUAGUAACGCACUUAUAAUCGUGGGCGAAAUGCGUGUGUCUUAUUUGAGGUCAGUGAACGUUUUCUACUGCUCAAAACUGCUUGUUCGCGAGCGGACGUUUGUUUUGAACAGAAGUGUUUGGUUGAAAUGGUACAAUACUCGCGUCUUACUCAGAUUGCCUUCGUUGCCAUUGCCAAUGGUAUUCCCCUUCAAUGUAUGGGGGUAGCAUAGACGUACGUUGGGGGUUCAAGACAGUAAAAAGGGGGUUUUGCACGUAAGUCAUGCAAUAAUACGCAUGGCUUUACCUGUAGCAUUACGCAGUACACAGUUCGUGCUAAUCAUUGCAACGGGAUGAGAGUCGAAAACGCACCUUGAUACUGUCUUUCUCAAGAGUUAGCAAAACCCCAAAUACCAUGUUAUAUAAAUUAUGUAUUAUGAGGAAUCCCGUUUGGCCGGACAGUACCGUUCAAAAUGAAAUUGUUCGGGUUUUCAAAUUUUCAGAUUAUUUUAUCAUGGUUAGGUAAUAAUAUGUGUAUACACCAGGACAAAUGUUAAGCACCGCUCCUUUUCUUUCAUUUAUUCCGAACCUUCAUGUAUCUUUUGGAAAUAUCUACGAUUGACGUCGAACUUAUUUUGAUAAAUGUCUUUGAUACCACCUAUAACUAGUGAAAUGUUAGUACAAAGUUUCACUAAACGGUCACAAAUACGAAGUCAUAUCAAAUACGUCUUCCUGAGGCAAGGGAGCUAACUGAUUGGGAAACUGGACUCUUAUAGUCAGUUACCUCCCUUGCCUCGGGAUCAUAUACUGAAACACUUUGAAAACACAUAUUCGAAUUAUUAAUAUAAUAAAUUUAGUUGGCAAAAUGCCUACACAAUUAAGGUGUUCUGUGUAUUUAGGCAUGAUAUAAUUAAACACAACACUGUUCUCGUUCGGGUUCGAAUCUCAUUCGAUGUGUUUGGAGAUGGACUUAAAAAACACAUCAUGUUUGAUGCUUGAAAACAUGAUGAUGCGUUUUCAUUGUGGGUCAGUAUAUGAUUCAAAUAAGCAGAGUUAGCAAUAAAGGUUGUCAAGAACAUAUUGCCAUGAUACAUUUACAAGAUAAGUCAGAAGAGAUCGUUUCAGUUUCUGAAUUUCAAAAGGAGUAUUUCAUUUUGUAAACAAAACAAAUGUAUUUAUAAAAAAAUAAUGUACGAUACCAAAGGAAAGCGGUGCUUAAUUUUGCUCCAAGUGUACACAGAGAACACUUAACGUGCUCCCGUGUAAUACCUAUUUUAUUAAACGAGAGAAUAGUUCUGGCAUCUGACGAGCGAAAGCAAGUCAGAUACGAGAACUAUUCACGAGUUUAAUAAAGUUGGUAUUACACGGGAGCGAGUUUAGUAUUUUAUUUAUUACUUCCCGUUCAUGAUUUUUGUGAAUGGGGCAGACACGUACGCGAUCCUACUUCAAACACGUCAAAAACUGACACGUAUAAAUUUUAUAGUAUUACCAUACAACGGCCCACUUUUAGUAUUCAGGGUCCGUUUCACAAAGCUGUCGUAGCGCUAUUCAAAGUUGUCGGAACUCCCAUACUUUAACAUAGACCUACGACUGUCGUUGCGCUACGAUUGCCUUCGGGAACGGUUAACGGCACCACAAGGUUUAGAUAAGGUCACAAUGCCCUAUGACGUAAUUUGUGGAAUUUUGUUGCAAGAUCCACUGGCAAAACAAUGCCAUGUGACGUCAGCCUUGCAACAGGGUUGCUGGGGUCAUCGUGUGUACCUAAGCUCCUCUCAGCGAUCAAUCAUAUCUACACGCAAUGUCAUUGAAAUAGGUAUGUUGGGAGCCUUCAAUAUUUGUCCGUGAAAUAUUUUUCCCGCAGUACAUAAGCACGCGCUUUGGUAUUACACAAUGUGUAAUACAGCUGUAUGUUUAUCAAACGGGUGAUCUCUUCACGGGCGAGUAAUAAAUAAACGUCUCCCACCGUGUUUAUCUGAUAAGCAGGGUUUCCGUACUGACGGGGUAUCUCUGUAUGCAAGUCCACUGUAUUCCACAUGGAAAAAAGAGUAACUUUUAAAGAAAAUAUUAAACUAUCGCAAUUUCUACAUUCCAGUACCUUGAUAAUAAAGUUUAUAAUGUUUACAAAACACUCUUUAAAUAGAUUAUGAAAUUAAGAAAUUGAAAUAAACCUUCAUAAGUUGACGAUUUUAUUUCGUAUUAAUUGUUAUUUGGUCAAUAUAUUAUCCCAGCUUGAAUGGAAGAACUCUCUCUUUACUUAUUCGUGACGUGGUGUCACUUGUUAACUUACACCCAGAGACAAUGCUGUUUCUGAAGACACUCUGUUCAAAUUACAAUUUGUGCACACUUUAUGUUAUGAAAUAUGAAUAAUAAACAUUUAAUUAACACAU